AUGGCGUCGGUGCAAGUGGAGGCCAAUCAUGGCGCCGGCUCUCCACCUUGGAAGCUUUAUCACAACCCCCACUACGCCCCGCACUACAGCCCCCAUCUCUCAUCCUGCUGCUCGCCCUCUUCUUGUCAAGCCCGCCGCAGGGAUCCCGAGCCCCCUAUGAUCGUUGCGCCCGGCGACGACGAGGAGGAGGAGGAAGAGCUCGACGACCAAGGGUACGGGUACGGCGCCAUGUCGUCGGAGCUGGAGCUCUGCGUGGCGCGCAUCAGGGACCUGGGGGCGGAGCUGGAGUUCGAGCGGCGCAUGCGGCGCAAGGCGGAGGCGCUGAGCGAGGCGCUGGCGGCGGAGCUGGCCGACGAGCGGCGGCGGGGCGAGGCCGCGGAGGCCGAGUGCCGGGCGCUGCGGGAGGAGGCCGGCGGCGCGCGCGCGUACGCGGAGCGCGCGCUGGUGGGCCUCGAGGAGGAGCGGCGGAUGCUGCGCGUCGCGGAGCUCUGGCGCGAGGAGCGGGUGCAGAUGAAGCUCGCCGACGCCAGGGCGGCCGUGGAGGAGAAGCUGCGGGAGAUCGACGACGCCGUGGCCCAGCUCCACGCUACUACCGCCGCCUCCGCCAACGACAUCAACAAGAGCAGCAGCAGCCCCAACGGCAGCAAGUCGACGAGUCAGCACGGGCAACAGAGCCCGAGCCGGAGUCAACCGCACCGGCGAGAGCCCGGCGGCGGCGAGAACCCGCACAUCCGGAGGGGGAUCAAGGGGUUCGUGGAGUUCCCCAAGGCCGUGCGCCUGCGCGGCCCGCGCGAGGAGAGGGUGGAUCUCGUGUCCAACCUCGAGUGCCAGCGGGCGCAGCUGCGCGUGCUCAUGCGGCACCGGAGCCCCGCCGCCGCCGGCAUGGGGCUCAUCGGCGCACCAGAGAACCUGGUCGUGUAG